AUGGAUCGAAUACAAAAUGGAAUGUCCGAGAGCAAAACCGCCGGACUUUGUGCACUUUAUGGAUCGGAUAAUGAAGAUGAUGAAAAGAAGAAGAAAACGGGACUGGAUUCAACUUUCCUCGUUAGGAAUGAGCCAGAAGAUAUGGAAAAGUAUGCGAUCCAUUUGAAAUCGCUUCUCGUGAAAGGAGAAGGCGAAUGUCUCAUUGAAAUAGGGGUUCCCGUACUUGGAGCCACUAAAAAUUCCAAAGGUGGAGGUCUCACUGAAAAAGACCUAGAAAAAGCAAUUGAAGUUCAUAAUAAACUUCUUGAGACAAUUCCCGCAAUUGGAACAAAAAUAGAGCGCCGAUCAUCUAGAAAUAAUCGUUUCACCGAGGUUUGGUUGAUUCGAGACCCGCCAAAAGAACAAGAUUUCACUGAGGUUCGGGUCGCUGUUGUCGGAAACGUUGACGCCGGAAAAUCAACACUAUUGGGAGUACUUACGCACAGUGCUCUUGAUGAUGGAAGAGGUUUGGCCCGAACAAAGCUGUUCCGUCAUAAGCAUGAAUUUGAAUCAGGACGAACUUCGUCAGUUGGAAAUGAUAUUCUUGGCUUCGAUGUUCAUGGAGAAGUUGUCAAUAAACCUGAUCCGCAUAAUCAUAACCUUGACUGGGUACAGAUUUCAAAGGAAUGCAGCAAGUUAAUCACAUUCAUUGACCUUGCGGGACACGAGAAAUACCUCAAGACGACUAUUUUUGGAAUGACGGGGCAUAUGCCCGAUUACACAAUGCUUAUGAUCGGUGCAAAUAUGGGUAUUAUCGGAACCACCAAAGAGCAUUUGUCGCUUGCACUUUCACUAGCUGUUCCUGUAUAUCUUGUUGUUACCAAAAUUGAUAUGUGUCCACCCCAAAUUCUUGAGGAAACAAUGAAAAACAUUGCCAGACUUGUUAAAAGCGCAAAAAAAAUGCCUGUCAUUGUGCGCAAUCUCGACGAUGUCAUUCACGCCGCUUCGAAUUUUCCAAGCAAUCGAGUUUGCCCGAUUUUCCAGGUUUCGAACGUUGAAGGAACCAAUCUUCCCCUUCUUAGACAAUUUUUAAACAUUGUUCCACUCCGCCGAGAACUUUGUGAGAAUGAUGCUGCCCAUUUUCAGAUUGAUGACGUUUAUUGGGUUGAAGGUGUUGGAACAGUUGUGAGUGGAACGAUGCUGGCUGGAACUGUUAAUGUGAACGACGUUCUUCUCCUUGGUCCAACCUCAACUGGUGAUUUCAUUCCUCUGCCGGUAAAGUCUAUUCACAGAAAAAGAAUGCCUGUGACUUCUGUUCGAUGCGGUCAAACUGCUUCAUUCGCGUUGAGAAAAAUUACGAAAAAAGAAGUGCGAAAAGGAAUGGUGAUGGUUGAUCCGAAAACAAAUCCGAAAUCUAGCAUGGUAUUCGAAGCAGAGAUUCUCAUUCUUCAUCAUCCUACUACAAUUAAAACUAACUAUCAAGCUAUGCUUCAUAUUGGUUCGAUUCGACAAACGGCUACACUCAUCAGUACAACUAAGGAAGUUUUGAGAACUGGAGACCGAGAUAAAGUGCAGUUCAAAUUCAUCCGACAACCUGAGUAUAUUCGACCAGGAACUCGAAUGGUUUUCCGAGAAGGUCGUACUAAGGCUGUUGGGCAAGUUGUGUCGGUUGUUCCUCAAGAAACACUAGCUCAACAAAGAGCCAAAGGAAAAGAGCACCGACAAGGAAAGCAAUAUACUAAGAAGGGACCGAAACCGCCAAAUGGGAAGCCGAAGAAGGAUGUGGCCAAGGAGCUCGAAGCUCUUUCGAUCGACAAAGUUGCAGAUUCGAGAAUCUAA